UAAAAUUUGCCAAUUUUGACUCAAAACGAUUGUCAAAAUUACCUUAUUGUUCUAAUGAAGUAAAUUUUAAUUGCAAAUAUGCAGGGGCGGAAACUUUUAGGAACAGGGGACGAAAUCCACGGCAGCAAAACUGUGAACCGGGAAAUUGGGUACCAUAUUUCACGCCUGGAAAAAUAUGACAAAUCACUUGAAUAUUUCGACAAAGCGGUUAAGGAAAAUCCAGACGAUCGACGCACAUUAAUCGGCAGAUCAACAGCUAGAGCGAAAGCUGCCCAGUAUGGAGGAGCGAUGGAGGACAUUGGUCAUGUCUUGAGCAUAGACCCGGAUGAUUUAACGGCAUGGAGCGUUUCAACUAGAAACAUGUAUUUAUGCGCUGAAUUCGAAGAAGGUCUGGUUGAGAACCUGAAACAUGCCUCAUCCAGGCAAAAGCCCGAAGUUUUUAAAAUGGGGGUGAUGGACUGUUAUGAAGCAAUUGAAAACUGCAUUGGUGAACGACCAGGACGACCCUUAAGGGAUCAUUUCAAAAUUAUCAGAAGACUUGCUUGGAAGCAAAACUAUGCGGCACACAAGCCCUUUGAGCCGACUCCGCAAACCAAGCCGAAGAAAAAUAAACAAAGCCCUUUAUUUAAAAAUCUAUAUCCCCGUGAAGAGUCCCGAGAGCUGGUGAUACCACAUAAUACCAAAAUGCGAACGCACCCUGCAGGCCUGAGCAUAAAGGAAUCUUUGCACUCAGUGGGGAGCAGUCAUGACCCCAUCCCUCCAUACCCUUACCCAUAUCUGAUGAAACCCGUGCAAAAUUACACAUCAAAUAUUGAUAACUUUAUGGCCGAGAAAUAUCUGGAUAAAAUGUAUUUGGAUAAAGUAUUUUUGAAGCACAUUCCUAAUGAGCCAGGCGUCUAUGGACCCAAUAAGCAAGGUGCUAAAGCAUUGAAACAAAUCGCGAAAAAAUGCUAUCAAACCGUGUGCAACAAACAAGAACUUCUGCGGGCACGAAAGCCAUUCUACUCAAUCAGAUACCAGGAGGCUCGAGUAUCUGGAGCUCUAAAAGAACGACAGAAAACCGAGCUCCAACAUCAACAACGUGUAGCCCAAAAGGAAGCCGAUAUAAUUCUCCAAGAAAUAAAGGACGCUUUCACUAAUCGUCAGCUUAAAGACCUUCUGGUCUACACUGAAAAACUUCGCCGCUAUGUGAAUGCAAAGUCAAAACGUAUUAUUCCAAAUAAAGGCGAAUACUUAAAGGUCAUCUACAGCACUAUGUGCCAAGCCUUCUAUGACAUAUACAGAUCGAAUCCAAGGAAAAGCAUGUAUGAACAAAAUAUCAGAAUUUAUGCGUCUCUUGGAUUACCUCUUAGUAGAGAUCCCUCUACAGAUUCGGUACUUGUUCAGUUUAAAAAUGUAUUUGUUGAUUAUAAGAAGCGAAUUCGUGAAUAUGAAGAAAGGCUACGCCAAGCUGUAUUACCGGAGGAGAUUUGCUGGUUUUACCACGAAUUAUCCAGGUGAGUGAGUUUAAUUGAA